AUGACGAGGGACUUGGAGAUAGAUGCUGGAGCUAUGCUUAUAAUAGCAGGAGGAAGGCGUGGUCUCGUCACGGCAUCCUGGUACUCGCCGUCCGAGGCGUCGACCUCUUCGACGGGACCCACGCCGGUCAACGUUGACAUCGCCGCGUCGUCGUCCGUCGCUUCGACGCUUUCCAGCUCCGGCGACUCUGCCGCUGCUGUCGCUAAAUCCGCGAAACCGGUGCCGGCUGCAGUCCAAGCGCCUCUCGCUCCCCGCACCGCUGCUAAGCCCGUUGCCCCGUGCGCGUGCCCUCGGCCGCUCGUGCUGAGCGCGUACAACGGCGUGCUCGACCCCGACCUGUUCGAGGCAGCCGGCGAGUUGGGGCGCGGCGGGUUCGGCACAGUCGUGGCGAUGCGGCGAGUGGAGAGCGGCGAGGUGGUGGCGGUGAAGCGCGUGGAGCGCAAGUAG